CCAUUAAAUCACUACUCCAAACACACACACACACACACAAACACAAACACAAACAACAAAACCCAUAUGAGAUUGGAGCCCAAAAGCUCCAAAGGUGAGAUUUUUUUCCUUUUUUUGGAUUCAAAAUCACUUUUUUCCUGCGUUUUCCUCCUAAAAAUCCGAUUUUUUUUUUUCCCCAUCUAUUUUCGAUUUCACCGAUCCCUGAUCAUCUCCAAUUCCCGAUCCCCUGCUCCUCCCCUGCAGCUUCUUGUGAACUAGUUUGCGAUCGAUCAAGCUAAAAAAAUCUCUCCUUUUUCUCCUUUUUGUGAAUCCCCUGAUUCAACUCCAUGGUGUUCAACAUGUGAGAGCCAUAAAUUUCAAUCAAUUUUACCCCCCCACCCCCAAAAAAACCCAGUUUUUGAUCCAAUUGUAGCAGUAGCAGUAGUAGCAGUAGUAGUUGGAGCUAGAGCUACCAUUAAUGGAGAUCACAGCUUUUGUGCCCUUGAUGGUGAUGAUGAUGAUGAUGGUGAUCCUUUCGAAUUCUCCGUCGUCGUCGUCGUCGUCGGCCGCGGCCGAGACCGACGACGAGGCCGCGGCGUUGCUCUCGUUCAAGCUCUACUCCGUCGAAUCCGAUCCCGAUAACCUGUUAUCGAGCUGGUCCCAGGUCUCGUCCCCGUGCUCUUGGACCGGGGUCUCCUGCUCCGCAGAUGGCGUGACGGCACUCAACCUCAGCCGCAUGGGCCUCGUCGGCCCCCUCCGCAUCGACCCCCUCCUCUCCCUCCCCCUCCUCCGCUCCCUCGACCUCCACUCCAAUUCCUUCUACGGCAAUCUCUCCUACAACAACAACACUAGUAGUGGUGGGGGUGGUGGUGGUGGAGGAGUUGUGUGUAGUUUGGAGCGCAUUGACAUUUCGUCGAACACCUUGAACGGGACCAUCCCGGGCGAGCUCUUGUCCUACUGCCGCAAUCUGAGCUUCCUCAACCUGUCCCGGAACUCGAUCUCCGGCGCCGGCGACUUCAAAUUCGGGUCUUCCCUCUCGGUGCUCGACGUCUCCCGCAACCAGUUCUCCGAUCCCGCGCUCUUGCGCUACUCCCUCUCCGCCUGCGGGGGAUUGAGCUACCUCAACUUCUCCGCGAACAAGCUCUCCGGCCCCCUCCCCGGCGGUGCUUCGUCGUGCUCGAGCUUGGGCCUCGCGGUGCUCGACCUCUCGCACAACAACCUCUCCGGCGAGAUCCCGGCGGGGUUCGCGUCCUGCCCCGGGAUCCGGGCCCUGAGCCUCGGCGGCAACCAGCUCUCCGGCGACUUCGUCGCGCGCGUCGUGGCGACGCUCCCGGCGCUCCGGGAGCUCCGGCUCCCCUUCAACAACAUCUCCGGGCCGAACCCGUUGGCCGCGCUCGCGAACUGCUCCGCGCUCGAGGUGCUCGACCUCGGCUCCAACGACCUCUCCGGCGAGAUCCCGGCGACCCUGUGCGCGGACCUGCCCGCGCUCCGGCGCCUCCUCCUCCCCGGCAACUCCCUCUCCGGCGCGGUCCCGCCGGAGCUGGGCCGCUGCGCCGAGCUCCGGUCGAUCGACCUGAGCUUCAACAACCUCUCGGGCCCCAUCCCCGCCGCGCUCGCCGCGCUCCCCAAGCUCGUCGAGUUGGUCGCGUGGGCCAACGACCUCUCCGGCGAGCUCCCGAGCAGCCUCUGCGCAGUCGGCGACGGCAGCGUCCUCGAGACGCUCGUCGUCAGCUACAAUUCGAUCCGCGGGAGCGUCCCGGGGGCGCUGGCGCGGUGCUCGAAGCUGGUGUGGGUGUCAUUGGCCGGAAACCGGCUCACGGGGAGCGUCCCCGCGGCGCUGGGAUCGCUGCAGAGCCUCGCGAUCCUCCAAUUGAACGAAAAUUCGCUGUCGGGACGCGUCCCCGCGGAGCUCGGCGAUUGCCGGAACCUCAUUUGGCUCGAUCUGAACAGCAACCGGCUGUCGGGGCCGAUACCGGCGUCGCUGGCGUCGCAGGCCGGGCUCAUAACCCCCGGGAUCGCCUCCGGGAAGCAAUUCGCCUUCCUGCGCAACGAGGCCGGGAACAUCUGCCCGGGCGCCGGCGCGCUCUUCGAAUUCUCCGACAUCCGGUCGGAGCGCCUCGCGGAGUUUCCGCCGGUGCACAAUUGCCCGUCGACGAGGAUUUACACCGGCACGACGGUGUACACCUUCGCCGGCAACGGCAGCAUGAUCUACCUGGACUUGUCGUACAACGCGCUCUCCGGCGGCAUCCCGGGGAGCCUCGGCUCGAUGGCGUACCUGCAGGUGCUCAAUUUGGGCCACAACGAGCUGGCCGGGGCGAUCCCGGAGAGCUUCGCGGGGCUGCGGUCGAUCGGCGCGCUCGACCUCUCGCACAACCGCCUCACCGGCGCCAUCCCCGGGGGGCUCGGCGCGCUCACGUUCCUCGCGGACUUCGACGUGUCCAACAACGGCCUCACGGGGCCGAUCCCGACCACCGGUCAGCUCACCACUUUCCCGGCGUCGCGCUACGCGAACAAUUCGGGCCUCUGCGGGGUCCCGCUCCCCCCGUGCGGGCGCGGGCCCCACAGAGGAGGCGCAGCGGGCAAUAGUAGUCCCGGGUGGUCCCAGCCUGAGCUGCGGCGGAGGCGGCAAUUCGUCGGGUGGAGCAUACUGGUGGGAGCCGCGCUCUCCCUCCUCAUCGUCCUUGCGCUCGUCGCGGCGCUGUAUAAGCUGCUGAGAAGGCGUGAUCAGAAGAAGGGCGGCGCCGGGUACGUGGAGAGCCUCCCGGCGGCGGCGCUGUCGUCGUCGGGGACGGCGUCGUGGAAGCUGUCGGGGGCGCUGGAGCCGCUGAGCAUCAACGUGGCGACGUUCGAGAAGCCGCUGCGGAAGCUGACGUUCGCCGACCUGCUAGAGGCGACGAACGGGUUCGGCGCCGAGAGCCUGAUCGGCUCCGGCGGGUUCGGGGAGGUGCACAAGGCGCGGCUCGCCGACGGCGCCGUCGUCGCGGUCAAGAAGCUGAUCCACGUGACCGGGCAGGGCGACCGCGAAUUCACCGCCGAGAUGGAGACCAUCGGCAAGGUCAAGCACCGCAACCUCGUGCCGCUGCUCGGCUACUGCAAGGUCGGCGACGAGCGCCUGCUCGUCUACGAGUUCAUGCAGUUCGGCAGCCUCGACCUGCUCCUGCACCGCGACUCCGCGAGCGAGAAAACAAGUUUUCAGCAGCAGCAGCAGCAGCAAAAGCAAAAGCAGCAGCUGGACUGGGCGGCGCGGAAGAAGAUUGCGGUCGGGGCGGCGCGCGGGCUCGCGUUCCUGCACCACAGCUGCAUCCCGCACAUCAUACACCGGGACAUGAAGUCGAGCAACGUGCUGCUCGACGAGAACCUGGAGGCGCGGGUGUCGGACUUCGGGAUGGCGCGGCUCGUGAACGCGCUCGACACGCACCUCAGCGUGAGCACGCUCGCGGGGACGCCCGGAUACGUGCCCCCGGAGUACUACCAGAGCUUCCGCUGCACGACCAAGGGCGACGUGUACAGCUACGGGGUCGUGCUGCUGGAGCUGCUGUCGGGGCGGAAGCCGAUCGACCCGCAGGAGUUCGGGGACAACAAUCUGGUCGGCUGGGCCAAGCAGAUGGUCAGGGAGAACCGCAGCGCGGAGAUCUUCGAUCCCGAAUUGAAGCCGUCGGGCGGGGCCGAGCUCUGCCAGUACCUGAAAAUCGCGUGCCAGUGCCUCGACGACCGCCCGCUGCGGCGCCCCACGAUGAUCCAGGUCAUGGCCAUGUUCAAGGAGCUGCAGAUCGACUCCGACAGCGACUUCCUCGACGGCUUCUCCAUCGCGCGCGCCGUCAUCGACGAAUCCGGCGACAGCGCCGCGUAAUUCGAUUUCGAUUUCGAUUUCGAUUUUUGGUUCACUAUGUAUCAGUAGCAGCAAAGAAGAGGGGGGAAACAAAAGAAAGAAAAAAAAAGAAACAGCAUUUUGAUUACUGUAAAUAGCACAGGAAGAGAGAAUGUUCAGAGAGGAAA